CAUGACUAAUGAUUCCCCAAUUGCUGUGUGAGACCUGUGUUAAUUCGCCGUCCCUGUGUUACAGAACCAUCUGACCCAGCGCAUCCGAACUUUCUCUCUUUCAGGUCUCUCUUUCACGACACCACCGACUUUUUCGAAUUGCUUCUCGUUUCCUUGCGACAGCGUUCCUUUUGUUCUCUAGAGUUGCAUUGAUGUUCCAGUCCUAAACACGACCAGCAACUUCCAUCCCAAAGCCGAACCUCUCUGCGCGCGCCCAUUCGCCUCUCCGGCUAAAAGACCAAACAUGUGCCCGACAUCAACAUCAGCGCAAUCGCAAGCCGAUGCCACGACUACGACCCAAUUACCCUCCUUCUACUCUCCCAAGAGAAGCGAACAAGACCACCAGUCUCGAGACAAUGGCAACGUCGAAUCCGUAGACCUCUCCGCCUCCUCCACCUCCCUCUCUACCUCGGCACCCGCGAUUACCCUCGACACCAGCGACAACCUCUCAACACCCUCCUCGGUCCCCUCGACCCCCCUAUCCCAACCACCACCGCCCUCCCUCCUCUCGCCCUCCUUCACGCCUCCCCAGACCCCCGGCACAGCAACCCCCUCCACCUCCAUAACCUCCCUCUCCCUCUCGGAGCCGCGCGGCAUCCCCGUCGACAGCUCCAUUCCUUCAGGAGGAUGCGGCACCAAGAAGCCCAAACUCCUCGAGUCCCUGCCGCAUGUGGAGUGCAUAGUGCGGGCGCGCAUCCCGACCACCAACGGGGCCGAGAUGUUCCUGCACUUGUACACCAACGACGUGGACAACAAGGAGCACCUGGCCAUUGUGUUCGGCAAUAACAUCCGAAGUGAAAGUCUGGACAGGGUGCGGGAGGGCGAGACGGAGAUGGACAGGUUGGUAAGGGGUGCCUAUACGGGGCGGCUGUACCCCGGUAGGACGACGAGUCGGGAACCUGGUGUUGGAGGAGGAGAGAUGAAGGAAGAGAAGGAGGAGGCAGAGGAGAAGAAGCAGACGCCGUUGGUCAGGAUACACUCGGAAUGCUACACGGGCGAAACCGUCUGGUCUGCGCGCUGCGACUGCGGAGAGCAGCUCGACGAGGCCGCGCGUCUGAUGUCGCUGCCUUCCAACACCGCUGGCGGGAUCAUUAUCUAUUUGCGCCAAGAAGGCCGAGGUAUCGGGUUGGGCGAAAAGCUCAAAGCCUACAACUUGCAAGACCUGGGAUCGGAUACCGUCGAGGCCAAUUUGCUGUUGCGCCACCCUGCGGAUGCGAGAAGCUAUGGUUUGGCGACUGCCAUGUUGAGGGACCUCGGUCAGAAAGAGAUUAGACUGUUGACGAAUAACCCGGAUAAGAUCAGGGCGGUGGAGGGCCCGAAUCGGGAGAUUGUGGUGACGGAAAGGGUGGCCAUGGUGCCGUUGAGUUGGAAGGGCAAGGGAGGGUUCAGGGCGCCGGAAGUGGAGGGGUAUUUGAAGACCAAGAUUGAAAAGAUGGGCCACAUGCUGGAUAUGGGAGCGCUCCCUCAGUGAUAGAACACAACUACAGUCCAUUGUUUCGCGACAUCACCUAUGCAUAUAGUGUAUACCUAUACCAUAUCUCUGGAGGCACAAAAUUUGAAGGCGUUCUGGCGGGUUCUCCCUUUCUUCGAUUUACAUUAGUUAGAAGGCAGGCUUUAGACAACUAUGUUAUAGAGAUAGUU